CAAACCCCAUUAGUUGUAUUUCAAGCAAGUUUAAUGUUCCCCAUUUCGUGUUGAAUUUUGAGUGCUGAACGAUGUUUGGGGCGUUUUUAAAGGAUAAAGAUGGACACAUUGUGGUAGUAGCAAAGGGAUUCAAUACGAGUUUCCAUUCCUGCCCUUGACAGGCACAAGACUCUAAAAACACACCAUCUGUUAUUUGUCCUUGCUCCUCCUCCUCCUUUCUCAGAUCAAGCAGAGAGAAUCAAAUUACUCUGUUUUCCAAGCCUUUCCAGUCAGAAUGGGGAAACGGGUCUCUCCAUUAGCCACUCUUCUCCACAUUACAGUUCUUCUAGCUUCCUCUUCUCUUCUCUCUCUCUCCCAAGCAGCUGAACCCAAAGAUGCAUUCCAAGAUAAUUUCAGUAUAAUGUGGUCUGAAGACCAUUUCAAGACCUCUGAAGAUGGGCAAACCUGGUUUCUCUCCUUAGACAAAGACACAGGAUGUGGGUUCCAGACAAAGCAGAGAUACAGAUUUGGGUGGUUCAGCAUGAAGAUGAAGCUGGUGGGAGGAGACUCUGCCGGCGUGGUGACAGCCUAUUAUAUGUGCACUGAAAAUGGGGCCGGGCCGGAGAGAGAUGAGCUGGAUUUUGAGUUCUUGGGGAACAGAACCGGGCAGCCCUACCUCAUUCAGACCAAUAUCUACAAGAAUGGAACCGGUGGCAGGGAGAUGAGACACAUGCUCUGGUUUGAUCCCACUGAAGACUUCCACUCCUAUUCUAUCCUCUGGAACAACCACCAGAUUGUAUUCUUUGUGGAUAGAGUGCCAGUAAGGGUGUUCAAGAACGCAGAGUACUCAAACAACUUCUUCCCGAACGAGAAGCCCAUGUACCUUUUCUCGAGCAUCUGGAAUGCAGACGACUGGGCGACGAGAGGCGGCCUAGAGAAGACUGAUUGGAAGAAGGCUCCAUUCGUGUCGGCCUACAAAGACUUCAGCGUCGACGCUUGCCAGUGGGAAGAUCCCUACCCGGCCUGCGUCUCCACCACCACCGACAACUGGUGGGAUCAGUACGCCGCCUGGCACCUCAACGAUGACCAGAAGCUGGAUUUUGCUUGGGUCCAGAGGAACCUCGUCAUUUACGAUUACUGCAAGGAUUCUAAGAGGUACCCAACUUUGCCCGAGGAGUGUUCGCUUAGUCCAUGGGAUUGAUUCAUCAUUCAUCAUCCAAUCAUCCUCAAAGCCUAUGAUUCUUGUUAGUUUUGUUUUCCUCCCUUUUUGGGUCUUACUUUUUGGAUUUUGAAUUGGAGAUAUGAGAUGUGUAUUGGGUCCAUUGUCAUUGUAUUGGGUUUAUAUUCUCUAUUCAAUUUAUAUAUCAUUCUUUAUUGGCAUGAAUUUCAAUUUUUGAUUAAAACUAAAUGUGAUAAUGGGUUAAUAAAUAAA